AUGUUCUUCCACGUCUUUGCGGUUGCCGCGCCCGUCAAACGAGCGGCCGCGGAAGUGGGGCCGUGCGCGCUCGUGCAGACGCCGUUCACCCGCCCAGACUUUGGCGACAGCAAUUGCGCCGAAUACUUGAACCUGCCGCUCUCGUCGCCACCCAACUGCUCUGAGAGGUCCACGAGGGUGCCCCGUAUCUACCAUGCAGUUGGCGGCAGCGCGGAGCGCCCAUCCAACGUGGCCAUUAAUGCUGCCGUCCACCUCGAUGGCUUUGUGGUGAACUAUCACGACGACGAGUCGGCGUUCGAGUACGUGACCAAGCACUGCGGGCGAGAGGCCGGGCAGGCGUACCGCUGCCUGCUCGCCCCCGCGUUUCGCGCCGAUCUCUUCCGCUUCUGCGCCCUGUCCGCCGAAGGCGGCGUCUACCUGGACACCGAUCUCGUGCUGCUCAAGCCGAUUGCCAGCGUAGUCGACAUGUGUGACGCGGGCGCGACCAUCGGCCGUGACAUUUCGGGGGCCGACUUCGAACGGAAGCAGAUGAAGAUCCUCGCGAGCGUGCCGUCGCACCCGCUCCCCCGCUGCAUGCUCGACUCGAUCCUCCGCAACGUCCGACAGCGAUUCGUCCCUCCCAAGGGCAGGCCGCUCAUGCUCACCGGCCCCGAGCUGCUGGACUGGUGCUACAACCAGACGGCUGGCAACGACGUUGCGAUCACGUAUCGGGACUCGGUCCGCGCGACCUACCCGCACUCUGGAAUGGUCGGCGUCGGCGGGCUCGUUGCCUUCGAGCAGCCAAACGACAUGGACUACCCACAGAUACCGAAAACCCCGAUCACGGGAGCCACGCGAUGGACGCCCAAGACGUUUCGCCAGCCGAAAGAAAAGGAGCUGACGAGUCAGCGGUACGGCAGACUCACUGCGCUCGGCCGGAUCUACACAGACGAGUGCACUCUCUCCGUGCCACCAAGCGACGCGGCGGCGGCGACGCCCCCCCAAAUGGCCAAUUAA